AGAAACUGUAGUAGAGACAGAGAGUACAGUAAGAGUAGGGCAACUAAUUUUUUUUUCAAAUUUGAUUCUUUCUUUUGGAGAAGUUCUACCUACUUAUAUUGAUAUUGAUUUUUUUAAAUUGUUUGAUCAGCACAAUCUGGGUCAGCUGCAGUCGGUGCAGGUUCAUCGAAAUUAUUAUGCUCUUGCGCUGGAAAAAAAUUUUAAGUAUGUACCUAAUGACUAAUGAGUUAUUACUUAUUAGCAUUCAUUUGAGACGAUUUAUUUAGGUUUUCGUUUUAGAUUUAAAUUGUUGUCAGCUUUCAUUGUAGUAUUUUGUAGGUAGGUAGGUAGGUAGUUGAUUAGCCCAUUUUCUUAGGUCUGUAUGGAAAAGUUUUCUUUCUUUACAUCUUCCUUGUUGAAUGAAACGCGGCAGCGCGUCAGUGUGACCUCUAAAUUUUGCAGUCUCAGAUAUACCUACUUCACUGCAUUACGCACCCCGAGCAUGAUUGAAUUGAAGCAAUUAACAAACAAUAUUUAGGUAAAUGUUUUGAAAUUAUUUUCAAUUUUUUUUUUCGGUCAGAAACUUUAAACUUUUUUUAACUUCUCCAAUUUAUGCUAUUUUUUUCUUGUCGUAACGAAACAACUGACUUGAAAUGACCCAACUAAAAUAGAAAAGAUUCGUGCCAAACCGUCUUGUGUGAGUAUGGGCAGAUUUUACAGCAGUAGUGGAUUUUAAAAUAGACUUGCGCAUUUCUGUUAUGAAAAUUUUUAUCAAUUUUGGCAACUUUCUGCAGCAGUUACCAAGGUUUCAGGAUGACCUAUUACAAUAUAUCCUGUCAUUCGUGGAAUGGUCUCCUAUGGAACUAUAUGGCCUUCCGGAUGUUUUCUUCAGCAAAUUAUCGCUGGAGAUGAGGAAUUUGACUUCAGAAGAGCUGCCAGGUUUUCCGUUUUUGGUUGUUUCUAUGUCGCACCGACGAUUAAUGUGUGGCUAAGGUUGGCGAACAAAUUGUGGCCGAAGAAUGAUUUUAAAUCAGCUGUCACCAAGGCUGUGGUAGAACAAGUAUCGUAUACUCCGUUCGCGAUGGUUAGUUUCUAUACUGGUAUGUCUCUUCUGGAAGGAAAAACUCUUGAAGGAGCUAAAGAAGAAGUUCAAGCGAAAUUCCUGCCUACUUACAAAGUUGGAGCUUUAGCCUGGCCAGUAUUACAAACAAUUAAUCACAUGUAUGUUCCUGAAAGAAAUAAAAUCCCGUUCGUCAGUGUUUGUAGUUUAAUGUGGUCGUCUUUUCUUGCAUACAUGAAUAGAAAAGAAAAACCGACGAUAAAUUGAUAUUUUCUUGUCGUUGAAAUUUCAAAAAUACUUUCGAAGUUACCAUUAGAUACCACCCUACCCUAUUAUGAAUCCUUUUUUAUAUUUUGUUGCUCAUCUAGUCAGCGUUAUAUUUGAUUCAUUGAAUGUUUUGUUAAUGUAAUUCUCAAAUAAUAAUUCGCAAUUUCCUGUUAAUUAAAAUGUUAAAAAUAUAGUAUCUUUUUGGUUUUGUA